AUGGUGCAUUGGGAGUUUAUACAGGAGAUGAUGGAAGGCUAUGGAUUCCCUCCAAAGUUCACUCAAUUGAUUAUGACUUGUAUUACCACGACUAGAUUUUUUGUCAAAGUAAAUGGUGAAGGGUAUGGUUACUUUGAAGGAAAGAAGGGUUUAAGGCAAGGUGAUCUAAUAUCACCCUUGCCUUUUGUAUUGGUAAUGAAGUAUCUGACAAGAGUUCUGAAACUAAUGAGUCAGCUUCCAGAUUUCCUAUUCCAUCCAAUAUGUAAAAAACAAAAACUCACUCAUCUCAUCUUUGCAGAUGAUUUGAUGAUUUUUUGUAAAGGAAAGGAAAAUCCUGUUAAGAGGAUCAUGGAAGCUAUUGGACAUUUUUUAGCAGCAAUUGAACUGGUAGCCAACUCAGAUAAAUCAAUUCUAUAUGUUGCUGGAAUUAAUGAUGCAAUACAGUCUAGGUUGCUGGAGAUUACUGGCUGUAAAUACAUGGAUGGGAAUGCAGAUGCCACAGGCUGGGACAAAAGAAUGUUUGCAAUGGUUAUGACAGAGGCACUGGAGCAGGUUCAAAAAAGAGAUGGUGGCUGCAGUUCUUGGAGCAAUGACCUACUUGAUUUGGCAAUCAAGGAACUGGAGGAUAUUCAGAGACUGCAGUGUACAGAAGGACUUCAUUAUACAACAAAUACAAUUCACAGUAAGGGAAAGAAUGUCAAUGUUUAG